AUGCUCGUGUCUACCCUGGAGGAGCAGCUCUGCAAACAGCUUCGUGAUCUUCCCAAGACCUUCGGCAACCGCUACACCGAUGCCGCUCGCCGCGCCGUCCUAGAGACCCUGUUCCGCUCGCUCGCCGCGAACCGUGACGAUUAUCUCCUUCUCUUCUUCCCCCAAGGCUCGCCCAGCUCCGACACGGCAUGGAGUCUCCGGGAUGCGCAGGGGGCCGUUGAAGGCGCCGAGUACACCGAGGCCGCGAGGGGCCACCCGUGCGGGCACAUUUUCAAGAGUGGCGAGGCAACCUACAGGUGCAAGACGUGCACAGUGGACGACACGUGCGUGCUGUGCGCGAAGUGCUUCGACGCCUCCGACCACGAAGGGCACCUCGUCUACGUCAGCAUCUCUCCGGGCAACUCCGGCUGCUGCGACUGUGGUGACCCCGAGGCGUGGGUGCGGCCGGUGCAUUGCAACAUCCACACCGCACUGCCCGGACUGGAGUCAAAGGCAGCAGGGAAGGCGAAGGAGCCACCGUCGCUCCCGGAAGACCUGAUCAACGCCACGAGGACGACCAUCGCACGCGCUCUCGACUACCUUUGCGAUGUCUUUUCCUGCUCCCCGGAGCAACUCCGCCUCCCCAAGACCGAGGAGUCCAUCCGCGAAGAUGAACGGCUAUCACGCCUCACGUCGAAAUGGUACGGGGGUGUGGAGCUCUCCGAAGCCGACCAAGAGUUCGCCCUGGUCCUGUGGAACGACGAGAAGCACACUGUCAUGGACGUCGAGAACCAACUGGCUCGAGCGUGCAAGCAGACGCAAAGAUUCGGCCGCGAUAAGGCAUACGAAGUCGAUGACAUUGGCCGCAGCGUCAUCAUAUAUUCCCACGACGUCAAGGACCUCCUCCGGAUGGCCAAAAUCAUCGAGGAGAUCAAGCUCACCGUCACGAUCCGGUCCGCGCGGGACACCUUUCGCGAGCAGAUGUGCGAAACCAUAGUCGAGUGGGUUUCGGACAUUUCCGGCUGCAGCGUGGGCCCGGACAGCUCCAUCCUCCGCAACGUCAUCUGCGAGGAGAUGCUCAAGCCUUGGCGCAUGGGCAGCGAGGCUCAUCACGCGAAGAUUGGGCGCGACGGCAUCGACGACCACGAGGCCGAGGAUGCGGAGGACGAACUCCGCAUGAUCUACGGCCGCAUACUACCCCGUGGGAGGCGGACGGCCGUGCGCGAUCUCGAUUCCGACGAGGAGGACAACUGGGAGGAUGACGAGGACGGCGUGGACGACGAAGACGAAGACAUGGAGGUCGACCAGAUUCUGGGGGAAGAAGGAGAUGGCGAUGUGGACAUGGAUGGCUCGGACGGUCUGGACAGUCUCGAGGCAUCGGAGGCAACUUUUGCAGGAUACCCGCCCCCUCCACCGCCGCCGCCCGUACCUCGCAGGCGAGACCAGAUUCACACUCCAGCAGACUCAGACGGCGAGUCACUCGCCUUCGACAACAUGUUCGAGGAGACGCCCACGAUGGAAGUGCCGAAGACGCCGAAGAUCAAGACGAGAACGCUAAGGCCUCCCCGCCCCGCCAAGUACUGGCAAGAGAAGCCCGAGGGAUAUCACAUGAGAGCAAAUCUGCCCGUCCACGAAGAUCUCUGGCAGCGCGUUCGCUUGGACUUUAUGAUCCUCUAUGAUCUCCGGAUGUGGAAGAAGGUUCGCAUUGACAUUCGGGACGUUUUCAUCAGCACGGUGGUCACGAUACCGUACUUCAAGCGUAUUUUGGGGCUGCGAUUCGCAGCUCUCUACACGACGCUCGCCCAGCUCUAUCUGAUCGCGGACCGCGAGCCGGACCAUUCCAUAAUCAACCUGUCGCUGCAGAUGCUGACGACCCCGUCGAUCACUUCGGAAGUGGUGGAAAGGGGAAACUUCCUGACCAACCUGAUGGCCAUCCUCUACACCUUCCUCACGACGCGCCAGGUCGGAUACCCAUCCGACGUCAAUCCAAUGGCUACGCUGGCCUUCGAGGCCGGCGCCGUCACCAACCGCCGCAUGUAUCACUUCUUCCUCGACAUGAAGUAUCUCCUGGGCUCCGAGCACGUGCAGGAGAAGAUAUGCCAGGAGAACCGUUACCUUUUGCAGUUCCUCGACCUCGUCAAGCUGCAUCAGGGCAUCUGCCCCAACGUGCGCGCCGUCGGCGAGCACAUCGAGUACGAGACCGACGCAUGGAUCAGUGCCUCGCUCAUCACGCGGGAAAUUAACAAGCUCUGCCGCCAAUUCUCAGAGUCCUUCAUGUCUGAGAGGGAUCCGGACUUGUCUAACGUCUGCCGCGCCAUCCGCACGACGGCAAAGAUUGUCAUCAUCCAUUCGAUGGGCUCCGAACGCAAGCGGUUCAACCAAGCGGAGCUGAAGAAGGAGACGACUUUCAAGACCCUCGAAGCUUUCGAAGCGGACGCCGUGGGCCCCGUUUACAACUGGCCCAAGUACAAGGUCGUCGAUUUCGUGGUCGAGAAGGAGCCGAUGAGCUUCCACCACGCCCUGCAUUACACCCUAUCGUGGCUGAUUGACCGCGGUAAGGCCAUGCCGCGCGAGCAACUCUUGGGCCUGCUGCUGUUCUCUGUUCAAGAGCUCAGGGACUACCCUUCACCUCCACGGGCGCACAUACCCGACUGCCAACCGGAUGAAUAUCUCCUCGCGCUCUUCGACUUCCCUCUGAGGGUGUGCGCUUGGCUGGCACAGAUGAGGGCUGGAAUGUGGGUCAGGAACGGCAUCACCCUGCGCCACCAGAUGACAACUUACCGCGGCGUCACCCAGAGGGACAACUCCCACCAACGCGACAUUUUCUUGCUGCAGAUCGGCCUGGUCAUCUGCCCGCUCCCACAGUUCCUCGCCCAGAUGAUUGACAGAUUUGGCAUGACGAACUGGGUAAAUGGCGAUUACGCAGUGCGGCCGGGAUACGAAGACCUCCAGACCAUUGAUGUGGCCGAGGACUUUGUUCACCUGCUCAUCAUUCUCUUGAGCGAUCGUUCUUCCCUCCUGCCGCCCGACGACUCUCCCAACCCCUUCCUAGCAGCAGCCCGCCGCGAUAUCGCGCACACCCUCUGCUUCAAGCCGAUGGCCUAUUCGGAUCUCACGCAGCGCUUCUCCGAGAGGCUACAAGACUACGACGAGUUCGGUGACAUACUUAAGGAGAUGACUCUGUUCAGGCCACCGGAAGGUCUUUCAGACUCUGGAACGUUCACCUUGAAGGAGCAGUAUAUCGAGGAGAUUGAUCCGUACAUUGCUCAUUACAACCGAAACAGCCGCGAGGAAGCCGAGAAUAUCUACAGGAACCACAUGGCGAAGAAGACUGGAAAAGACCCGGCGAGCAUAGUCUUUGAGCCCAAGCUACCGCGCAUACGGAGCGGCAUUUUCAAAGACCUCGCUCAUUUCACCAAACUUCCCAUUUUUGCCCAGUUCAUCUACUACUUCCUCGGCUACGCGUUGGCUUCUCCUACGGUCACUCCCAAUGUGCCCAUGACGAGGCUGGAGGCAUUCGUUCAGUUCGUCCUGCAGCUCAUCAUUGUGGUGGUCAACGAGGAAUUGGGCGAAUUUGCGGCUUCUGGAGGGGAGGAGGACCACUCGGGAUCGUUCACCCUCUUUGCGCUCUCGAAGCACUUCUCUCCCAACCCCGAGUUCCAGCAACAGGGCACCGUCGUUUCUCUGCUCCGUGCCUUGUUGGAAAAGGAAGAAUUCAAGGCCUGCGAACCGAAGAUCCGCCUGAUCCUGUCCCGCAUCCAGCAGCGACAGCCGAUCGGGUUCGAGAAUGCGGUCCCAGUCGAUCGUAUGGACACGGCAUCCCCAGCCGCGGCCGCCGCUCAAGACAAGGAGUUGAAAAAGAAGCAGGCUCUCGAGAGACAGGCGCGGGUCAUGGCCCAAUUCAAAGAACAGCAAUCCAACUUCAUGGCCAACCAAGCCAUCGACUGGGGCGACGACCUCAGCGACGAGGAGGACUUCGAUACGCCCGCCGCCCAAGAGGACAAAACUUGGAAGUACCCCUCGGGCACUUGCAUCUUGUGCCAAGAAGAAACCGACGAUCAGAGGCUCUACGGCACGUUUGCCUUCAUCUCUGAAAGCGGGAUCCUGCGCCAGACGAACGUACAGGAUCCCGACUGGUUGUCUGAAGUCGCUAGCACACCAGCGGAUCUGGACCGCUCCUCUGAGCACAUCAGACCCUUUGGUGUUUCCGGAAAGAAUCGCAAGAUUGUGCAGAAGACGACCUUUGAGGGAAAGACGGUCUUGACUGAGCGCCAAGACUUGGGCAAAGGCUUCCCUUAUUCUCACAACAAGCGAGGCCCCGUCAGCACCGGCUGCGGGCAUAUCAUGCAUUACUCGUGCUUCGAGGUCUACAACACGGCGACGCACCGUAGGCACGUCAACCAGAUUGCGCGACAGCAUCCGGAGCGUCCCGAGUACAAGGAAUUCAUGUGCCCUCUCUGCAAGGCGCUCGGCAACGCCUUUCUACCGAUCAUCUGGGAAGGGAAGACGAUCACCUACCCGGGUGUCCUCGAGCCCGAGAUACCGUUCGACGCGUGGCUCGAGUCCCAUGUCAGCGUCCAGAUCUCCAAGCUCGACAAGGGCGCCGAACGUGCAGGUGCGGACGUUCCUCCAGCCUACUUACGGCAGCACAAGAUGUUCUCUGAUUACGGUACAGAGAAGAUGAUCGCCCCUCUCUCGUCCAGGCUGUCCGACCUGUCGCGGCCUGGACCCGUGACGGUGGCCGCACCGCCGACGCAGAGCUCCGCUACACGCGGUUUCCCAUUGCCCGCCUUCUUGGUCCGAGCAGAGGAGGAUGCGAGAGAGCCGUUUGCGGUAUCGACGCCUGAGUCGACCGCACCGUCUCUUCAAUCCACACCGCCUUUGGAGCUGUACUCCAUAUACCGGCGUUUGCGAGACACGAUGCGGGCAAACAUGCUGCAGACGAGGUACUCGCACUCCCACGGCCACAGCUCUCACCUUGUCUCUGAGGACUUGACGUACACCGACACGCUUGCCAAGUCUCUCGGUUUCUCGAUCGCCGCCGCCGAGAUCGCUCAGCGUGGUACCGAAUCCGACGUGGGCUGUACGUUGCUGGACAAGAUUUCAGAGCACUCGCUCACCCACCUCCGGGUCUUGUCUGAGACCGUAACGUCUUAUCUUGCCGUAGGGGGCAUGCAUCACCAAGGAAAGAACAGGACAAACACGGAGUUCUUGGACAGCCAGAACCGCCAGCUUCACCAGCUGAUGUUCGGCCACCCUCUGGUGGAAGAGACGACGUCCCCGACGGCAUCUCCGACGAAAUCCAUCCCUCCGCUUUUCCUGCAGGACCCGUUCGUGUUCCUCGCGGAAUGUUCCGUCUGCCUUGUUCCUUCGCUCCACCUCGACGUCCACCACGUAAUGCGACUUUGCUAUCUCGCCGAGGUCGUCAAGGCCAUAGCGGUGUUUGUCUUCGCCGAUCCCGAAGUGCUCGCAAAGGCCCCCGUGCACGACGAGAAUCUCUACAGGGACCACACCGCCAGUCUCGGCCAAGAGCAGAUGGAAGUCUUCUCCGCCUUUGUAAAGCGCAUUGUCAUCGACAACGAGGAAGCCGUCAUCCUCGACGAAGCCGGGCAGGGGGCUCAGAGGGUCAUGUCGCUCUUUGACGCCGAGAACAUCAACUUCUUGCGGUACCUGCGCGUGCUGGUCUCAGCCUAUGCCUUGCCCUUUGUGCGUAAGGCCGUGAUCCUCAUGCAUGUCCGCUACGGCGUAGAGUUCCCCGACGCCGGGUACGACUCUGCCAAGGAGCCCGAACUGCAGCGCCUCUCGAAGGCGCUGCGGCUUCCGUCGUUGGAUGAGAUGUUUGGCUUGUACCUCGCCGACGGACCGGCGAGUAUGAUCAACCGGUCGAUCGCAUCGGGAUGGAUCAAACAUUGGGCUUCGUACCGCGAGAGCAAGCGCUCGGGCCCUCCAGCGAGGCCGCUGACUCUCAGUCACCCGGCAAUCUUCGAGUUGGUCGGCCUACCAAAGAAUUACGACACGCUCACGGACGAAGCGAUCAAGCGCAAGUGCCCGACCGUCCCCCACAAAGAGCUGACAGAUCCUUGCGUGUGUCUCUUCUGUGGAGAAAUCUUCUGCAGCCAGGCAGUCUGCUGCAUGAAGCAAGGGGGCAAAGGCGGGUGCAUGCAGCACCAAGCCAAAUGCGGCGGCAACAUUGGCAUGUUCAUCAACAUCCGCAAGUGCAUGCUGCUCUACACGCACCACCAGAGCGGCAGCUGGUUCCCCGCUCCGUAUCUGGACAAGCAUGGCGAGACGGACAUGUCGUUGCGGCGACAACACCAGCUGUACCUGCACCAGAAGCGGUACGACGCGCUCGUCCGGAACGUUUGGCUGGGCCAUCAGGUGCCGUCCACAAUUGCUCGAAAAUUGGAGGGGGACAUCAACAACGGAGGAUGGGAGACGAUGUGA